AUGGGCUCGAGGUCGUGCACCAAUGCGUGGGCCUACCACGGCGGCUUCUGUGUGCCCUCGCCGCAGGACCCCGACCUCACCGUCGUUGCCUCCGUCGACCUCAACCACGCCGACCUCGGCGGCCGCACCACCAUGGAGUUCCUCCAGACCGAGGACCACCUUCCGCACCUCAGCGCCCCCUACCUCCUCGCUGAGCUCGCUGCCAUGACGCAGCGCCUACUCUCCUACCACCACCACCACCACCACCACGGGAUGCGGCUACGGCUUCACCAAUCUCUACUCCACCACGAGAUGCAUCCUCGCUGGUCCUGGCUGCUACUUUGA